UUUUUCACCUUGCAACACGUUUUGUUGGAGAAAUUGACUUGACUGUUCGCCGUUCGUUCGACGUUCUUUAACCACUUUACGAAAUAAAAAUUGUUGGUUGAUUGCAGUACUGGGAUUCCGAAUUAGAUAAUUUGCAAUAAUUUCUAAGGAGUUUUUUCAUAAUCCAAUAAACAUUUGUACAAUAGAAAUGUAGGCUUUUUUGUGAGCUACUUGUUUCUCCUGUUAUACCACACCGAAUCCGGCGCUGACAGUUUUCUGCAGCUAACAUAUUUUCUAGUAAGCAAAAAUGGCAGAUAAAGAACAAGUGAUUUCGGCACUUAGGGCCACAUUGCUCUCCGUAAAAGGAGCUCUGACUAUCAAACAAUGUAACAGGGAUUAUCGAGAACUUCAAGGAGAGUGGAUACCAUUUAAAAAGUUGGGUUAUUCAACACUGGAUAGGCUCUUUGUUGAUGUCCCCGGUUUCAAAGUGACUCAAAUUAAUGGGGAAUGGUAUGUUGAUGCGAUAGCAAGUCAGGAAACCCAACACAUUGCAGCUAUGGUGUCCCGUCAAAAAUCUAGCAAGAAGCCAACACCAAGGUUUAAUUACCCUAAUCGGUUUCCCAAAAAAGAAGGCUCGUGGCGCAAACCAGCAACCACCGGGUCAUACGCCAGCUAUAAUAACGCGAGCUACAAUUACAAUAAUCAGUACUCAAACCAAUAUUACCGAGCGAAAGGCGGAACACCAUUUAACAACAAUUAUAGCAACAAGCACAAUAAUAAAUUCAAUAAACCGUACGAAACGAAACCCCCCCUAACGAAAACGACAUCGAAACCAUUGACGGAAAAUACAUACACGGAGAGAACGGAAAGGAAUACAUAUAAUGCUGUUACCAAACCAGUCAACCCUCCAGCGCCCGCAAGGGAGCCAGAACGGAUCUCUGAAAGGGUACCCCUGGCACCUGUCAAUACACACUCAGAAGACGUUAAACAUUCCAUACGCACAGAAAAUGAGCCUGACAUUAAGCAAAGCUCCAAGAUGUCCGCUUCACAAAGAUUGUCCAACCUGAGAGACCGACUGAACACUGUUGAUCUGAUACCUUUGCCCCUACCAGCUACUAAUAACGAUUUCGUUGAGCAUAGCGGUCCCGUGACACAUGUAGCACCAGCAUACAGCUUAGAACCACCACCAGACUCCAGCUCUUCCGUGGCCAAGUUGGAAUGGACCUGUCGCAAGCUGGGCUUAGCGCAGCCCGUUUACAAGGUGCACGACAUUCGACCGAAACGAGGACCCGUCAGUUACGACUGCUCAAUUAAGGUUGGUACGUCCUACUCGACGUCGUCAUAUCCAGACUCAUCGCCGUCCCAAGAGUUGGCCAAGGAAGUGGCGGCCAUGAAGCUGCUCAAGGAGAUAGAAGGCUCGGGGUCGGGCGGCAUGCCCACGUCCUCGCCGAGCAAGGCGGUCGCUUCCCUCGCGGACCUCGUGGCCGAACACGAGGCCGGCCUCUGGGCUAGCACUGUGCCACAUUUAUAUAGAGAAAAGUUUGGAGAGAAUUUGCCCAGUAACUGGCAAGAGCUGGUGGAAAAUUGUCCUCGAAUAUUAAAAGACAGAGUGGUUAACGGACUAUUAGUACUUCUCCCUAACAAAGAGGGCGCGCCGCCGCUGUUCCACGAGAACAGUGUGUCGGACGAAACAAUCGACAGUGAUUUGCCGCCGCUUAAGUUCCCUGAAGAGGAUUUCUGGAAUGUUUUCGUGACCGUUGCCAAUUCUACACUCGAAAUUUGGCUCCGGAUUGUAGGGCCAAAUUACAGUGAUGCCUUCGAAACGUUACUUGCCGAUAUGGAGAGAUUCUACAAACAUGGCGGUACACCAGUUGAUAAAAAUAUGAUUAUUAAAAAUGCGUGGUAUGCAGUUAAUUUAGACGACGGUGAAUGGCAACGAGCUAAAAUCUUAGAAAUCGAAGAAGAUUCAGCGACCGUUUUUUUGGGCGACCACGGAGACGACGAUGUUGUAGACCUGAACAAAAUCAAGAUUCUUGAGCCACAGUUUAGAAAGCUUCCCGCGCAGGCCAUCCUGUGUCGGCUGGAGGGCGCGGAGGAGCUGGCGGCCAGCGCGGUGGGCGCGGAGCUGGUGCAGCGGCGGCUGCCCGGCGAGGUGCUGGUGGCGGCGCCCGGACCGCGACACGACCCCGCCGACCCCGCCGUGGCCGUGGUGCUCUACGACACGUCCACUCAGCGCGACCUCAACCUCAACAAGGAGAUCGUACGCGACUUCUGCAUGGCCGGCGCUUUCACUGUCACGCAGAAACCGUGCGAGGUGGAGGUGGGGUGCGUGACGGAGGAGGGCCGCGUGUGGGUGUCGCGCGCGGGCGCGGCGGCGCUGGUGCGCGACGCGCUGGCGCUGCUCACGGCCGGGCCCUACCGCCGCCCGCUGCCCGCCGCGCCGCAGGCGCCGCCCGCCGCGCCCCACACCCUCUACAUCGUGCGCACGCUCGCCGGCGACUGGGUCCGUUGCACGAUCAUCAGCGGGCUCGACGGCGAGGGCACGGUGCGCACGCAGCUGGUGGACAGCGGGCUGGUGCUGCGCGCGCCGCUGUCCUCGCUCGUGCCGCUCGCCGCCUUCAGCCCGGCGCUGAACGAGUACCCUCAUCAGGCGCGCGCGGUGCGGCUGGGCGCGGCGGAGCGCGCGGCGGCCGGCAUGGCGGCGCGGCUGCGCGAGCUGCUGCUGGACGCGCGCGUGCUGUGCCGCGCGCUGCCCGCGCCCGCCGCGCCCGCCGCGCCGCCGCACGUCGAGCUCUUCGUGCGCACCGGCCCGCAGAACAUCCUCGCCUCCGUCAACAACGCCAUCCUCAUGGAGUACGACUAUCUGCAGCCUGAAAAGCUAAAAGACGAGAAAGAAGAAAAAGGAGUGCAGAACCACGUGGAGGCGCUGCACCGGAAGAAGGAGCGCAUUUUCCGGAGUUCGUCGACGGGCGAGGGCGAGCGGGGCGCGGAGCGCGAGCGCGGCGGCGCGCUGCCCGCGCCGGCGCUGCCCGCGCCCGGCACGUGCUUCGACGUCUACAUCGCCAUGGCCGCCAACCCCUGGAACUUUGUGGUUCAACCAAACAGCACUAGGCAUACGCUGCAAACGAUGAUGGCGUCGUUGCAAGCAGAGUGCCCGAAGAUGACCGAGGCAGAUGCUCCAAUGAAACCGGCCAGCGGAGAACUGUACACUGUUUAUUAUGAUAAGGAUUCUUCCUGGUAUAGGGUUACAAUAGCGGGAAUUGUAUCGACUGAAAUGGUGUCCGUGUACUUCUGCGACUACGGGGAUCUGGCGCUCUUCGCCAUUAAGGAUUUGCGUCCCGUGCCCGCCACGGCUCCCCUGGCGCGCUCCUUGCCGCCGCAGGCAAUAAAGGCUAGACUGUAUGACGUGUGGCCGCUUCAUCAAGACUGGACUGUAGAAGACUGCAUUAGGUUUCAAGAGUUAUGCGUAGAACAGCAAUUCGUGGGGAUCUGCAAGGACGUGGGCAAGGACCCGCUCAACCCCAACGAGCCGCUACUCACGCUCGACCUCAUCGACACUUCCACCGACGAGGACAUUUAUCUUAAUAAGCAAUUAGAAACAGAGGGUAGAGCAAGGCUCGGCUCUGCUUCAUAAGUGAUUUCAUAAUGACAUGAUUUUUUUAAAGUUUAUUUUCGUGUAAUGGCAACAUAAAAAAGUAUCACUUAGGUGGUCUUUACACUGCCGCUGCAACUUGAUGUGGCGUGCGAGCGAGACUGUACGUUUAUAGCACGGUCUCACAUACGGUCCGUCCGUCUAAUCCGUUAACGGCAUCAAUGUUUUAACCACAUUAAACUUAUUACAUGAAACAGUAAAUCAAGUUCGACGUUCCAUAAAAAUAUAUCAUUAGCAUAUAUAAUGUGUUCUGUUCAUGUAAUAAUGAAAUAACUAUGUUAUUCCUAUUUAUUAGAUUGUGUAACUAUGCAUAUUCCGGUUGAUUCGCGAACAAAGCUGGCUCGAAUGACAUGAACGAAACUGUCAUUGUAUGAGUGACACUUCUCGAACGGUAUUAGACUAAUUUAAUUACAAUACUAAUAAUAUUAGCCAAAUACCGUUCGGGAAAUAGGCCUCUGUAUCGGUGUACAGUCAGAGCCACCAUUUUAUUGGUUAAUGUGAUACACACAGAUAUUUUCAGUCACUGAUUCAUUCCAUUCAUGCCAGCUUUUCUGAAUCAACCUGUACGUUUAUCACCCUUAUGUAGGUUAAGACGAAAGAAGUGCAUGUUCAUGUUUGUUUUUUUUUUUUCAUUUUGUUUAUCUUGAUGUUGAUCGUUUUUGAGGUGGCAUACUUAAAGUUUAGCAAUUUUAAAUACUCUUUGUUAUAAGGUUACUUAUAUUGAAAUUAUUACCAGUUACUCAGAUAUAUUACAAGCAAGUAUUCAACAUAUUUACAUAGUAAAUAAUUUUUAACUAAAACUUAUAGACAGUGUGCAGCAUCCCAUAGAUCUGUGUAUCUCAGUAUGUAAAACCCGAUGACCCAUGUGUAAGUAAUUACGUACCUACAUUCUAAAUAAAAAUCUAAUAAUUAA